AUGCUAUUUUCGGGCCACAAAACAAAAUAGCGCGAACGGUGAACGUGCCUUCAAGUUUCAGCGUCGAACCUCGAAACCCAGAAGGAAAGCGAAGCGCGAAGUCGAAGCUCCGGCGAAAAGUUGCAGUCUUGACUCUUGACGACACCCAAUAGUCGCCGCCGCUGCUGCCCAACGAUGUUUUACAGAGGGGAUCACACAGACGCCUACCAAGAUUCCAUUGUCAUUGUGGCUUCCAACCAGUGGCUGGAAAUACACAGCACUAAAUUUCGAUGCUAUGUACUAAGUGGGCAUUUUUUAUUUAUUGAGCAUGACAGGUAUGGCGAUGGUUCAGGUAGCCGUGAAAUGGGUGCAAAGCGGCAGCGGGUAGUUGACCAGGGCCCUUCAUUCUUUGGGGCUACUCCAGCUGGGACGAGCUUCAUGUACAACCAACCAACGUAUGCCUAUGUUGGCCAACCUCCACCUUUCCCUGUUGUGCGACUCCGUGGUCUGCCCUUUGAUUGCACGGACAGUGAUGUGGCCGAGUUCUUCCGAGGUCUAGACAUCAUAGAUAUCCUCUUUGUUCACAAGGGCGGUAAUAAGUUCAGUGGCGAGGCGUUCUGUGUGCUGGGGUACCCUCUUCAGGUCGAUUUCGCUCUCCAAAAGAACAGGCAAAACAUGGGGAGGAGAUAUGUUGAGGUGUUUAGAAGCACGAGACAGGACUACUACAAGGCAAUAGCAGGUGAAGUAUCGGAGUAUCGCAGUGUUAGUUCACCAAGGCGAAGCUAUGCACGAGCGAGAUCAUACGACGAGGGGAAGGAAUCAGCGGAGCACACAGGGAUGUUGCGGCUGAGGGGGCUGCCAUUCUCAGCAGGGAAGGACGACAUCAUGGAGUUCUUCAAGGGCUAUGGAGCAUUGUCAGAGGGAUCGGUCUACAUACUAACAAAUUCAGAAGGGAGACCCACUGGGGAGGCGUUUGUCGAGUUCGAGAGUGCCGAGGAUUCAAAGGCGGCCAUGGAGAAGGAUAGGAUGACACUGGGAAGUCGGUACAUCGAGCUGUUCCCUUCAUCGGCGGAGGAGUUGAAAGAAGCUGCGUCCAGAGGAAGGUGACUCAUUGCACGAUUGUCAUUCUGCAUUUUUUUCUGUUAAAGCUUAGCUUGAUGAUUGAGAAUGAAUGAAGUUGAAUCAGAUUCUUAUUUUAGACUUAAGAGUGAUGAGGUUAUCCUUUUGCCAUCUUGUGCCUGUAUAUGUUGUGGAGCUCUCUUUUGCAGUAUUAGUAUGGAUAAACAUUACAUGCUCUGUUUUUUCUCGCCUUUCACAACCCAUCAGAA